CUCAGUUUGCAGAACAGGAAACAACAUCUUUGUCACAGAAGUUCUCAUAAGGAAACUUAUGAAGACUUGUAGUCCAGAACUUACUACGCCUUGAGUCAAGCUGUUCCAGAAUAGCUCCAACACUGAUCUCUACUCAGCAAUGUGGAAAAUAGCCUAGUUCAAACAUAAACAUUAAUGAUGUCCUUGGGAACUAUUCUUUAACUCUGAUCGAUGCACUUGAUACGCUAGCGUAGGUUUUGGGCAACGCUUCUGAGUUCAAGAGAGCAGUGAAGCUGGUGACUACGACAGUCUCUUUUAAUAAAGAUUCAACUGUGCAAGUCUUUGAGGCAACAAUCAGGAUUUUGGGCAGUUUGCUGUCUGCACAUAUGAUUAUAAUGGACCCUGCUCAACCCUUUGGAAACAUGACCCCAGACAAUUAUGAUGACGAAUUGCUGCACUUAGCUCGUGACUUGGCUGUGAGAUUGCUGCCAGCAUUUGAAAACACCAAAACUGGCAUUCCUCAUCCUAGGGUGAAUCUAAAGAAAGGAGUGCCUUCUACUUGCCUUAAUGAAACCUGUACUGCUGGAGCUGGCUCUCUGCUUGUGGAGUUUGGAAUCCUGAGCCGCCUCAUUGGGGAUUCUACAUUUGAGUGGGUAGCUCGCCAAGCUGUAAGAGCCCUUUGGAAACUCAGAAGUGAUGAGACUGGACUUCUAGGGAAUGUGGUAAACAUUCAGACUGGACAAUGGGUUGGAAGACAAAGUGGAUUAGGAGCAGGAAUGGACUCUUUUUAUGAGUACCUUCUGAAAUCCUACAUACUAUUUGGAGAAAAUGAAGAUCUGGAGAUGUUUAAUGCUGCUUAUGAAAGCAUUCAGAAUCAUCUGAGAAGAGGACGCGAAGCUUGUAAUGAGGGAGAGGGAGAUCCUCCGCUCUAUGUUAAUGUGAAUAUGUUUAAUGGCCAGCUAAUGAACACUUGGAUUGAUUCACUACAGGCGUUUUUCCCUGGUCUUCAGGUUUUAACAGGUGAUGUAGAAGAUGCCAUUUGUCUUCAUGCCUUUUAUUAUGCGAUAUGGAAACGCUUUGGAGCUCUUCCAGAGCGGUAUAACUGGCAGCUCCAAGCACCUGAUGUAAUGUUUUAUCCACUAAGGCCUGAAUUAGUUGAAUCCACUUAUCUGCUAUAUCAGGCAACAAAAAACCCUUUCUACUUGCAUGUGGGAAUGGAUAUCCUCCAGAGUUUGGAGAAAUACACCAAAGUCAGAUGUGGUUAUGCCACGCUUCACCAUGUGAUAGACAAGUCAAAGGAGGAUCGAAUGGAGAGCUUCUUUCUCAGUGAAACCUGUAAAUAUUUAUAUUUGCUAUUUGAUGAAGACAACCCAUUGCACAGAUCUGGGAGCAAAUAUAUUUUCACAACAGAGGGCCAUAUUUUGCCAGUAGACAAGCUUUUCAGAGAAAAGCCUUGGGAAGAUGUAUCUUCUAAAGAAGAAGAUACUGCGCAUAACUCUGGAGUGCUGGACCACAAACCUGCCAACUCCAGCAUUAACUGCAACAAAGUCCCCAGUGAGCGGAGAUAUGCACUUCCAUUAAAAGGAGUUUACAUGCAGCAGAUUGACCAGAUGGUGGGACUUCUUUAAACCAACCUCAGAAAGAACUCAUCGAUGAACUGGCAGGGACUUGUUCUUCAACUAUGCAACUUUUUAUUUUGUGUACAAAUAUAUUGACAUUUAUUUAUUAAGAUUUUUACAACUUCUCAAAAGAUUUCUAGACAUGUAAUUUCAUCUCUAAUAGUGAUAUUACAUUUUAUACCUUUGCUUUUAUGCAGGGGUGAUUUUUUUGUUUGAAUAAGUAAUUUUUGAUGUCUAGUGUCUUCUGUGAAGGCAUAGGAUUAAUUGUUUGACUACAGGGCUCUUCCAGAAAGUAUAAAACGCAAGAAGGCUUAUACUCCGCAUUUAAGUGAGUUUGAAUAUUUGUGUAAUUUACCCUAAAAUGUUUAAUGAUUUAAAAUAAGUUUCAGAAUGCAUAGCUAUACUAAUGCAAGUGUAGCACUUGCAUGGGAGCCAUGAAAUGGUGACUGUCUGGCCUAUGAAAGACCGUUCACACGUUCUUGGGUAUUUUUCCAGGAGUCCAGUCUUUGGUGCAGGGGAUCCAAAUAUCAGGGUGAAAGUGUAUUCUCUAGAUUUGCCUAAUGUGCCUUGUGCUUUC